GGUUGGAUUUCGAAGCGGCCCCGGUACGUAUCUACAUUUUUUUCCGAGGUAAUAGCACCCGAGGUACCUUAACUUGCACAAAAUGUGAUGAUUCAGUUUUAAAUUUGCAAAACGUGACUCUAUCAUACCUCAACUUGUACCUCAUGUGAUGAUUUAGUCCCAGGCCAAUCACAACUCGACAAUUGGCAGCUAGGUGGCUGGACCGGUCAGCGCAUGCACUUUUGCAGAAACCCCCUGACUUUUCCCCUAUUCAACCCGUACUCUCUCCACCUGAAUUAAUUCUGACAGAACGAAUCCACCUCGCGUCCGCCUCUGUUCCCCUCAUGCUCACCUGCCCCCCUCAGCUCCAGCUCCAUCUCCACGCCGACGGCAAGCUCGCCGCCGCCGUCCAGCUUCAGCUCCGGCGUCAUGGUCUCCUGGUCGGACGGUUCGUUCUCCACAUCAACAUCCCGAGCAAGGUGACGGUGGUGGGCGACGUGAUGCCACUGGGCGUGCUCACCAGCAUCUCCAAGAUACGAGGUCCUAGCUGCUCGAGUGGUCGAGGACGAACCAGUGAUCAGAACCUGGAGCUUGUCGUCCAACCUUCAGUAGGACCAGAACCUGGAGCACUCCAGCUCCAGCUCCAUCACGCCGGACUGGUCGACCGCCAUGUGAUGAUCCGGCGUGGCCUUGGUCGGCGACGACAUGGAGGACGGCGAGCCGCUGGCGCUGCUUCCACCGCCGCCGUUGCGGCGUGCCGUGCCGCCGUAGGCGUUGGCCAUCCUGAGCCUGACCAUCUCGGCCUGCGCCAGCGCGAGCUGGGUCUGUAGCGACUCCACCUGUCGCUGCAGCGACGUGAUGGCGCCGACGCAGCCGUAGAUGGGGUCGCGCACGCGCGCGUUCACCUCGUACACCAGGCUGCUCACCGCGUCGCCCCGGUGCUCCGCUGGAAUCUCCUGCAGGUUGCACGCACACAUACAUCAUGCUUUGUUUCAGACGGAAGAAGAAGAAAAAAAGUGGUUUCCUACCU